UUCGCUUCCAGAGCGCACUUAAUUUUAGGUAGUCUACGACUUCUGCAUUUAAGUUUGCGAUGAGGUCUCUUUUCCUCUAACUUUUAUGAAAUUAUUUUUAUUAAUAAGCUACUGAACGUUGCUUAAAAUCAUAUUGGAGGCUUGGGCAGCAUCAGAAUAAAAAUAUUGAUAUAUAUUUUUUCGUUUUCAAGCUGGGAACUUGAUUAAAGUGUGGUCGAGUCGCUUUGCACAUGUUUCUCUGACGUUUUGUUGCUGUAAGACCAAGUUAUGUGGUGAAGAUGGAAGAAGGAGCCAAGUUGCACCUGAAAGAGUGGCUGAUAACUCAGAUAGAGAGUGGCAUAUAUGAAGGACUGUGCUGGGAGGAUGACAACAAAACCAUGUUCAGGAUUCCGUGGAAACACGCAGCCAAGAAGGACUACAAACAGACGGAGGAUGCAGCUCUGUUCAAGGCCUGGGCUGUGUAUAAGGGCAAAUACAAGGAGGGAAGGGAUAAAGCUGACCCCACCAUGUGGAAGACCCGUCUCCGCUGUGCACUCAACAAGAGCACAGACUUCCAAGAGGUCCCUGAACGCAAUCAGCUGGACAUCACUGAGCCAUAUAAAGUCUAUUGCAUCCAGCUCGACAAUGGCUCAGCCAAGCCAGCAGACUCUCCCCAGAUCAAGGAUAAAAUGAUAAUUCAGACUAAAAGAUCUUCAAAGAUCCCUGGUUCUGUGGAAAAAGAGAUUCUGUCUCAAAAUGACUCAUUUAAAGCAAAAAAAGAAGAAGAAAACCCACUGACUGAGAAUCUGAUGAUGGAGCACAUGUACUGUGAAUUAACAGGAAAAAAACCUCAAAAUCAGGUCCCUGCUCCUAUUACCUUCUUCAGCCCUGCACCUACUAUGUCAGAUUUUCGUAUGAAGGUGACGUUGUUGUACCAGGGCCAGAGGGUGAUGCAAGUGACCACCAGCAGCCCAGAUGGAUGCUUCAUUCUGCAGGGCCGUGUUCCUUUGGGAAAUGAACGGAUCUACGGGCCCUGCACUGCACAGCAACUCUCGUUCCCUUCCCCCGGCUCUGUAUCCCUACCGUCAUGCAUGGCUGAAGCAAUGAAUCGCCUUCUUUGUCACCUGGAAAGGGGUGUGCUAUUAUGGGUGGCCCAAGAGGGGGUGUUCAUCAAGCGGUUCUGCCAGGGCAGGGUGUACUGGAGCGGUCCCACAGCCCAACACUCUGACCGGCCCAACAAACUGGAGCGUGAAAAGACCUUCAAACUGCUUGAUAUACCCACAUUUGUCAGUGAGCUGCAGAGCUGUUUACAGGGGAGGGGACCUACACCUUCUUAUGAGAUUGAGCUCUGCUUCGGAGAGGAGUAUCCAGACCCCGGCAUACCAAAAACCAAGAAGCUGAUCAUGGCACAGGUGGUGCCGUUGUUUGCAGAGGAGCUUCUGCAGAGGUUCAACUUGGGAGAGACUGAGGAGAAGCGGUUGGUCCUUGGCUCCAACACAGAGGGAGAGAAGAUGUAGGAAGUUACCCUGCACCAGGGUAACCAUGAACAGUAGAUUACUGGAGCUUUGUCCCAAGAACAGAGCAAAAGAUGAAGAGUAUCGUCAGUGGAGGAGUAUAUCUGAUGAGAAAUGAUGGAUGUGUUGCAGUGUAAACCUAUUUGCAGUGCAAGAAGGAAAAUUUAAAAGCAAUGUACCAUAUAUUGAUUUUUUUCCCGUCCACCAUGCAGCUAGCCUGGCAAGAGUUAUCAGCUGUUAAAGAAAAUAUCUUGUUUAUAAAACAUGCAUAUUAUUAAUGUAAAAGUUUUUCUAGCAUCUUAAUCCCAUAUUUACCAUUUGUAUUAAAUGAUAAUUUAAGUGUAUAGUACUUUACAACAUAUGCAGAGAAUAAA